AUGUCCUGGCGCAACCUCAGUCGUCUCAACACACUGAUCUCCGAAGGUUAUGACAACCCUCGUCUUCUGUUAACCUGCAUCUUUGGCAUGAGCCCCUCUAUCUUGCCUUCAGAUUCCGCUAGUCUUUGGGGCAUUCUCUGCUCCGUCUUAUCAGGACAGCCUCAUCGUCGGAGACUAGAGCAAUUCGCGACCUUAGACUCGGUUGUGAAACUCUUGCGUCACCGCUCUCGUAUUCUUGUUCUCACUGGAGCCGGCAUCUCUGAACUAUUCCCCGGUCAGUUCAAGCCCUCGUUUGCGCAUCGAUUCAUCAAGUUACUGGAAAGGAAGGGCAAACUUCUUCGUAACUACACACAAAAUAUCGAUACGCUGGAACAGGCCGCUGGAAUCACCAGGGUCAUUCAGUGUCAUGGAUCCUUCGCUACGGCGAGCUGUGUAACUUGCCAGUACCAGGUACCAGGUGAGGCUGUUCGUGAAGCAAUAAUGAGCCAGCGUGUUCCCCGCUGUCCUCGAUGCUGUCCCGACCAGGGCCUGAGUGGCUCACCUGUGCCAACCACCCUCACAAACUGUCCCGCCGCGUCGACAACCUCCGGCAUAAUGAAGCCGGACAUUGUGUUCUUCGGGGAGGGUCUUCCCUACGAGUUCCACACAUCCCUCCAAGAGGAUGUCCACCACGCCGAUCUCAUUCUCGUCAUAGGAUCCUCCCUCAAAGUUGAACCUGUCUCCCACAUACCAGAUUCCGUAGUCCCCGAAGUGCCGCAGAUACUCAUCAAUCGUGAGUCCCUUACCAGCCACAACUUCGAUACAGAACUCCUCGGCGAUUGUGAUGUCAUCCUUGAGGAGCUCUGCAGUCGCCUCGGCUGGAAUCUCGACGAAGGCACGGACUCGGCAUCGUCACCACCCAAGGACACGGAGCUCCUGUCAGAGGAGGAUCUUCAUCUGGUUCUUGCCACCGCCUUGUCUCAUCGUUUUGCCAACAACGAGUCGCUCGAGGCUGUCGCAAAUGGCUCAUCACCGCCAAUUGCUCCUGAUAACGCGGCGCCUCGACAGGAACCACCAGACUGCAGUAAAAGUGCUCAAAGCACAAUCAAUGUGGAUGACGAGAGCGGCGAGGACUCGGACAGCGGUGAAUCUUUCGCUUUUGCGGAUUGCAAACUGGUCUUCAACUUGGCCGAUUAUUUGCCAGAACGCGGUUACACCAAGGUUCCGCCAAACCAGUACGUCUUUAAGGGUGCCGAAGUGGGAUUCGUUUAUGAAGUAGCAAAAGACAUUUUACGCAGCCAGGGAGCGAUUGCUCUGCCUGAGAACUCAACCCAUCUGGCCUCCAGAGCAAACACAUCGUCCACUACCAGAUGCAAUCAUUCGUCGACCGGCGACGUCUUCAUGCGGCAUUUGCUGCGUCGGUGUGCGAUGGAUGCAGAACUCCAGCGUCAUCGGGAGGCGCGACGCAAUGGAGUAGUCGGUGAUCUUGAGGUCAUCGACUGCGAUCUGCCAUCGUCGUCAUCGUCAUCGUGCGGUGAAGCGAAGACAGUGAAGAAGCCGGCCACCGCUAAGGCCAGGCGGGCACACCGGACGGAGGAGGAGGAGGAGGAGGCAGAUGGGCUCCAGCCAACAACCAGCGCUCCCCCCUUAAAGAAACGGCGAAGGUGCAGCAGUGAGGUCGCUGAUGACUAA